CAUGCGCGAGCGAGUGUUGGCGCCGAGGUCUCUGCGGCCGCGACCGUAUGGUUUAGGUGCUGCUUGCCGGACCCGCGUCCUGCAGGAAGACUGCGCUGACCACUGUGCCCCUGGUUUUCCUCCGAGUUCCUGUGACUUUCCCUGUGCUGCCCGCGCGUUGUAAUUGCAUUCUGAUUAAUAUUGGUUAUCCCAGAAUUUCAUGGUUCCUAGGCUUUUUCCAUUCAUUUGUAGUCUGUAUUGUUUCUAUUGGCAUCUUUUGCAGGGUGCGGUGUACCUGUGGCGACAGCUCUAGUUAGGAGACAGAUUCGUGUGCCCCGCCCUGCUUGCCCUUCUCUGCGGGAUUGGACCUGGGCAUCGCUCCUCCCUGUCAAAGGGUGUGGGAGGCGGAGGUAGCCGUGCGCCCCAUAGAGUAGCGGGGGGCGUUACAGGGGUCUCGUUCUAGAAGGAAAAAUCUCUUAUUGUUGUAAGCAGGUUAGGGGUUUGCAGAGAGGUUCUUUGUUCACGACAAUAUGUAAUGAGCACAUUUCAGUGCUGGGUUGUGGCAAUUACAAAAAGAUUGGUCUUGCUCUGCGCCCAAGGAAUUACAAGCACUGCUGAAUAGUUGCUGUAGAGUGUGGAACUGUCUCCCAGUGGGGUGUGGAGAUAGAUGGUGGCGAUGGAGCUGUGCGGAAGUCAUCAUUUACAGUGCUAUUAUUUUCUUUAAAGAUGGUACUUUCUCCUUUUCAAGGAAGACUAGCUGGAAAGAAUCGAAAUGCCCUCGAAUCCUGACCUAGCGGGGACUUUGUUGAAAGUGAUAGUGACCCGAGUGUUUGGGGUAGCGGGGAUGGGGACAGAGAGGGCUCCUGUUUUUUAUGGCUGGACCCAGAGAAGUGCAUUCAUGCUAUGAAUGUAACUUCUUCCCUCUGCUUGCUGUUUCUCCUGAAAGGUUGUCCUGGCUUUUGUCUGGGAAUAGUCGUAAUUCCGGGAAAUGAAAGGCUUUUUGGUAAAGUUCUGUCCUCCUGGGGUUAUAGGUACGGAUAUUCCCUGAGAUGUUCCCUCACUCAGUGGAGAUCCCCUAAACUCCAGAUCUCCUACUUCAGGCCCCUGGAAAAACUGGAAGUCUGGGGGUGUUCGUGUGCUGUUUUCUCUCGCCUGCAGGUCCGACAGCCUCUGUCGGGCUGGGCCAUGCCUGAUUCACUGCUUGGCACACGCGGCACUUGUUUGAUCGUAUGCGGAGGGAAUCCACCUCUUUAUUUUUGUUAAUUCAUCAAAUAUUGAUUGAGCACCUGCUAUUAUUAGACAUUAUUCUGGAUGCUGGGGGUUCAGUAGGCAAUAAUGCAGAACAACAUUUCUGCUCUCCCGACGUGAGAUAUGUAUGUCAAAGAGAGGUAAUCACCAGGGAACCAAAUACAUGAACUAGAUCAGUUCUUCUCCAACUUGAGCAAGGGUAGGAAUCUCACCUGGGAGCUCAUUAAGAUACAGAUUCCCAGGCCCCGCUCCUAAGGAGUUCGAGUGUGUGCAUCCAUGUAGGGCUUGCGGACCACAGCUGAGCUUUGUUGGAUUGUGAAGGCACCUUGCUGCCGGGGCUUCCAGCUUGUUAAAUGACUCUCUUACCUCCCUGGAUCAAGACUGUCCUUGGGUACCUUGUCCCAGGCAGCUUCACGUCUCCUGUCACCGACCCAGCACAGAGUGGCUCCCAGUGCUGAGCGGGAGGAAGUAACAGGAGAACAAUCUUGACAUCAGGUACGAGCCCCAAGCAGGAGUCCCCGAAGCUGAAGCGAAAUCGGACGUGCCUGUUGGCUCCAGAAGUACCUAUGGAUUAUGGCAGGAAAAGUGAAAUGGGUCACUGAUAUCGAGAAGUCAGUGCUGAUAAACAACUUUGAAAAGAGAGGAUGGGUCCAAGUGACAGAAAAUGAAGACUGGAACUUUUACUGGAUGAGUGUGCAAACCAUCCGAAACGUUUUUAGUGUCGAGACUGGCUAUCGGCUCUCAGACGAUCAAAUAGUGAACCAUUUUCCGAACCACUACGAACUGACCCGGAAGGACCUGAUGGUGAAGAAUAUUAAAAGAUACAGGAAGGAGCUGGAGAAGGAAGGGAGUCCUCUGGCAGAAAAAGACGAAAAUGGGAAAUACCUCUAUCUGGACUUUGUUCCAGUCACCUACAUGCUGCCCGCCGACUACAACCUGUUCGUGGAGGAGUUCAGGAAAAGCCCCUCCAGCACCUGGAUCAUGAAACCUUGCGGCAAAGCCCAGGGGAAGGGCAUCUUUCUGAUCAACAAGCUCUCGCAGAUCAAAAAGUGGUCCCGGGACAGCAAAACGUCUUCGUUUGUGACUCAGUCUACUAAGGAAGCCUACGUGAUCUCUCUCUAUAUCAACAACCCGCUGCUCAUCGGCGGGAGGAAGUUUGACCUGCGCCUGUACGUUCUGGUGUCCACGUACCGCCCGCUGCGCUGUUACAUGUAUAAGCUUGGCUUUUGCCGCUUCUGCACCGUGAAGUACACGCCCAGCACCAGUGAGCUGGACAACAUGUUCGUUCACCUCACCAACGUCGCCAUUCAGAAACAUGGGGAGGACUACAACCACAUCCACGGGGGCAAGUGGACCGUGAGCAACCUGCGGCUCUACCUGGAGAGCACCCGAGGCAAGGAGGUGACCGGCAAGCUGUUCGACGAGAUCCACUGGAUCAUUGUGCAGUCGCUGAAGGCUGUGGCGCCGGUGAUGAACAACGACAAACACUGCUUCGAGUGCUAUGGGUACGACAUCAUCAUCGACGACAAGCUGAAGCCCUGGCUGAUUGAGGUGAACGCGUCCCCAUCCCUCACCUCCAGCACCGCCAAUGACCGAAUCCUGAAGUAUAACUUGAUCAACGACACGCUCAAUAUUGCCGUGCCUAAUGGCGAGAUUCCGGACUGUAAAUGGAACAAGUCGCCCCCAAAGGAGGUUCUCGGCAAUUACGAGAUUCUCUAUGAUGAAGAGUUGGCGCAGGGUGACGGGGCUGACCGAGAGCUGAGAAAUCGUCAGGGCCAGGCGCUGGGGCCCAAAGGGGGCCGAUCGCGAGACUCGGGGAGAACCGUCCUCACAACCUGGAAGUGACCGCCAUACGUGUGAAAGACUGAAGCCCGGACCCUGCCACGUACUCACUGCAUCUGGGCCUAUUUUGAAAUUUCCUUUUUCUAGAGCUUUUUUCGCCUUUCCUAAGCCCUGUAAAUAAAUAAAGGCAUUUCUUC